AUAGUUAUUCGUUAAUGCCAAGGGGCACUAGGGAAAGUGGCACAUGGGUUUAAGGUUAAAAUUAAAAUUUGACGAUACGGCUUCCGAUAUAAUUCAGGCAUGGCGCAACCGCCGGUAUUGACCGCAAGGAUCCACUGUGCACGGUGACUGGAGUUGGUUUAACGAAUCCAACAUUCCAAUUCCAAUUCAUCAUCACAGACAUAGAUGAUGAAGUUCAAGUUAAAGCUACAUACUUCACAUUCACAUGUUCUUUCUCUGCAAUGCCAAUGCCAUCAUCGUUUCCAAUUCACAACUUCAAGCGAUUCAAACCCACCGAUCUAUGCAUCGUCAAACCCAUCCUCUCUUCCCAAACCCAUCUCCCCGAAGCCGUUUCUUCUCUUGACCUUUUGCACCCCAAAGGCAUUCGUUUACCUUCCCGUGUCCUCGCCACUCUCUUGCGCCGUUGCUCCGAUACCAAGUCUUACCGACAGGGUAAGCUUGUUCACCUCCAUUUGAAGCUCACCGGUUUUAAACGCCCCAACAUUCUUCUUUGCAAUCAUUUGAUUCACAUGUACUUCCGUUGCGGCGAUUAUGUUCAUGCACGCAAGGUGUUCGACAAAAUGGAGGUUAGAAAUUUGUAUUCUUGGAACAAUAUGCUUUCUGGGUAUGUUAAAUUGGGUAUGAUGAAACAAGCUAGGAGAAUGUUCUAUCAAAUGCCUGACAAGGAUUAUGUGUCGUGGAACACUAUGGUGGUUGGUUAUGCACACUGUGGGAGAUUUGGUGAGGCUUUAAGGUUUUAUGGACUGUUGAGGAGAUUGUCUAUUGGAUAUAAUGAGUUUACGUUUGCUAGUGUCUUGAUUGUUUGUGUGAAGUUGAAAGAAUUUGAUCUUUGUAGGCAGAUGCAUGGGCAGGUUUUAGUUGUUGGCUUUUUGUCCAAUGUGGUUGUUUCCAGUUCAAUUGUAGAUGCUUAUGCAAAAUGUGGUAAAAUGGAAGAUGCAAGGAGAUUGUUUGAUGAAAUGCCUGUGAAGGAUAUUCCUGCUUGGACGACGUUAGUUUCUGGAUAUGCUUUAUGCGGGGACAUGGAAUCAGCUGCUGAACUGUUUAGUCAGAUGCCUAAGAAAAAUUCCUAUUCGUGGACAUGUUUGAUUGGCGGUUAUGAACGAAACUCUCUGGGUCAUAAAGCUCUUGGAGUGUUUAGGAAGAUGAUUAAGCAUCAAGUUAGGCCUGAUCAAUUUACAUUCAGUAGUUGCUUAUUUGCUUGUUCUGGUAUUGCUUCAAUGAAACAUGGUAAACAAAUACAUGGGUUUUUGGUGCGAAAUAACAUCAGACCUAAUACUGUUGUUGUUAGUGCUAUUGUUGACAUGUAUGCAAAAUGUGGAAGCAUCGAGACUGCCAGGCGAGUCUUUAAUGUCGUAGGAAAUAAGCAAGAUGUAGUGUUGUGGAACACUAUGAUAUCAGCACUGGCUCACUAUGGCUAUGGUAAAGAAGCAGUCAUGAUGGUCAAUGAUAUGCUGAAAUCAGGAGUGAAGCCAAAUAGUACCACUUUUGUGGCCAUUCUAAAUGCUUGUAGUCAUUCGGGUCUUGUUCUUGAAGGGCUUCAGUUUUUCAAGUCCAUGACUAAUGGGCACGGUGUUGCCCCAAACCUAGAACACUAUGCACACCUAAUUGAUCUUUUGGAUCGAGCUAGAUGUUUUGAUGAAUCGACGAAGAAUCAAUUCAUGAUGGAUUGUAAACCAGGUGGUCAUGUUUGGUAUUCUUUGCUCGAUGUAUGUAGACUGAAUGAAAGUAUAGGACUAGGAAAAGAAGCCACCGAAUUCCUUGUUAAAUGGCAGCCUCGAUCUGCUGCUGCUUAUGUAUUUCUUUCCAGUAUGUAUGCUGCACUUGUGAAAUGGGGAUUGGUUGAGGAAGUAAGACUUAUUAUGGAUGAGAGACGCAUGAGGAAAGAUCGCUCCAUUAGUUGGAUUGAAAUUGAAAAUGAGGUUCAUUCUUUCACUGUAUCAGAUGGGUUGCACCCUUUGAAGGAAACAAUAUACACAGCUUUACGGCACUUAAAUAUCCAGAUAGACGACAAUGUCCCAUACCUAACUGAAAGAUAAUUUUUUUGCCUGUUGAUCAAUUUUGUAGAGAGCAGGGAUAUAGUUUCCAUUUUAAUUAUUAUUAUUUUUUUUCUCUUUUUCUUUCUUUUUAGUCAUUCCAGAUUCUGCAGAGUUGAACUUCCAUGAUGACAUACUUAUAAGAUGUUACCUCCAGUAAAAAACCGAGGAGGAACGAGAAGGGAGGUUGGUGGGAAGUACCAACGAAAAGGGUUGAUUUUCAUCAAAUAUUUGUUGGUUCCUUUUUUUAUACCAAAUUGAUUUGUUUGUAUUUUGACAAACAAAAUAAAAAGAAAUUUUUUCCUGCA